UAUGGCUCCCCCGCUGCCUAGAGCGGCGAUGGCGAGAAGGGGAAGCGGUGAAGGGAGGUGGGCAAUAUGGCGGGCGGGCGUGGAGCUUUGAUUGUGCUGGAAGGUAUGGACCGUGCCGGGAAGAGCACGCAGAGCCGGCGGUUGGUUCAGGCGCUGCAGGCCGCCGGGCACCGCGCCGACCUCCUCCGCUUCCCGGAGAGGACGACGGAGAUCGGGCAACUGAUCAGCGCCUACCUGGCGAGGGAGAGGGAGCUGGAGGACCACGCCGUGCACCUGCUGUUCUCCGCCAACCGCUGGGAGCACGUAACAUCAAUGAAAGAGAAGCUCCAUCAAGGAAUCACACUUGUGGUUGACAGAUAUGCCUUUUCUGGAGUGGCCUUCACAAGUGCCAAGGAGAACUUCUGCCUGGACUGGUGCAAACAGCCUGACGCUGGGCUCCCGAAGCCAGAUUUGAUUCUGUUUCUUCAGCUAAGCCCAGAGGAAGCAGCAGCACGAGGGAACUUUGGAAGAGAACGUUAUGAGAAUGGCCCUUUCCAAGAAAAAGUUCAGCAGUCUUUCUGUCAGUUGAUGAAGGAGAAGACAUUAAACUGGAAGACAAUGGAUGCUUCAAAGAACAUAGAAGACUUGCACAGAGAAAUCAAGACCGUUGCAGAGGAGAUCAUGCAGGAGGUUAAGAAUAAACCCUUGGGAGAACUCUGGAAAUAAAACAGUACAGGUCAUUCUCUCUCACGGAAGACUCACCUCUUGGACCUUCCUUGGCUGGAUGACCCCUACGUCACCUUCCAGUAACUACAUCUUAGGUCACAAUGUAUUCUUAUGGGUCAAGCUUGUCCUUGUAACAUCCUCUGCUUCUCCUCUUCCAUUCUGCAUAGCUGUAGGGGCUUGUUAGUUUUUUAUAAACGAUCAUGUAACAAUUCUUUUUGAAACAAUUCCUCCCUACCUUAAGUAAGAUCUCUUUUGUUGUACGGGCACACCUGUAGGGCAUAUGUGGCUACUAAGCUGAGUUUCCACAAACGUGGACAGCUUCAGCAGGUGGGGAACAGCUUUCCCAUAUUUGAAGUUCUGGGGAAUGACCAUGUUUCUGGUUCUUCUGCCUCUUUCGUAGAAUACAUCCCUGUACUGAAUCCAGCUCAUAAAGGCUUUUGUAAUAAACUAUUCUUUUAAA